GGACAAUCGAGUCCAACUGGCUUCGAGUCCAAUCCGUGCCGCGGUUCUUGGUGUUGGGUUCUCAGCUACCGUGUUCCAGAUACCCUUCAUCUUGGGACUACCAGAACAGUUCAGCUUGCACACCAUUCUCGAACGCAAAGCUACCGCCGAAUAUAGUAAGACCAAGGACUUGUAUGGUAACACAGGCGUAAAGGUCGUCACGACGUAUGCAGAAGUGCUGGAGGAUCAUGAUAUUGAUUUGGUUGUCAUCUCAAUCAGAUCACCAGACCACUACACUUACUCAAAGUCCGCCCUAGAAGCCGGAAAGCAUGUCAUUCUGGAGAAGCCCGUGACUGCAACGAGCGCUUAGAUGCGCGAGCUUAUAGCGAUCGAAAGUCUAAGCAUCUUGUCCUAGCCCCUUAUCACAAUCGGAGGUUCGACGGAGAUUUCAGAACAAUGCGUGCAUUGAUCAAGGAGGGCAAGUUGCCAGAUUUGAUUGAUUUUGAAUCCCGGUUUGAUGUUCUUGCGAACUGGCCCAUGGGGCCACCGGGCACUGGCUCCGGCAUUAGCUAUGGGCUUGGAACUCAUCUUUUGGAUCAGGCUAUAGCACUGUUCGGCAAGCCGAAGGCGGUAACGGCGAUGCUAAUCAACGCCCGUGGCAUCGGCCAUCCCGAAGUCGAAGAUUCUUUCAUCAUGCACCUUCGUUACAGAGAUUCCCCUGUUAUUGUUACGUUGAGAUCGGUGACGCAUUCGGUCCUGUCCAAACAAGUCAGGUUCAUCGCAAGAAGCCUGAACUCAAGUUACGUGAAGUACGGUUUGGAUGUUCAGUCGGAUCAACUGAUGAAACAGGGCAUGAAGGCCACAGACAUUGGGUUCGGAGAGGAACCUCAAGAGGGAUGGGGUGAAUAUGGGUACAUCGUCGAUGGCAAGCCGGUGUUCGAGAAAAUCCGUACUCAUACGGGAUCAUAUCUCGACUACUAUCGAAAUGUAGGGGAUGCUAUCCACGGCAGAGCCCAACUUGAAGUUACGCCCGAAGACGCAGAGCUUGGGAUCCGCAUCAUUGAAGUCGCCAGGCAAAGCUCGCAGGAGGGGAGAACCAUCGAGGUGGAAUUUUAAGUGAACAGUGAGAGAAACAGGAUGUAAUCGGCCAUAACUGUCAUCUGUCGAGGUUCAGUAGUGUU